UCCACCACUCACAGAAACGGAAUUAAAAAAUCUUUAAUAUCUUUCCAGCAACGAGCCUCCAUUGCUGCAGCGCGGGGCUCACAAACACACGUCUCUCCAUCCACUGAGGGCCUGUAACACGUCGCCGGAAAAAGAAUCAAACUAACCUACAGAAUUAAGAGCGUCUCCUUUACACUGACACCGCUCAGCGUCCGGGAAAAAAACGAAGAGAAAGGCUAAAGUGACUGUACUGAAUGUAUAACGUCGCUGACACUGACAUCGUGACAACACCAGCUCUGUCUGUGGAACGCUCUCCCGAUUGUGUAAUUUUUUUUUCUUUCCUGCAAAGCAGCCAAACCUGCAUCCGAGAGCGCACGGAGAGAAAGAAGCAGGAGAAGAAGAGGAGGAGGAGGGGAAAUCAGGCGGAUUGCAACGUUCACCACAAAUUAUUUUUCUUCCUCUUACAUGGCGCAAGGGCUAAACGAGCGGGACCGUCCUGGGUGUGAUACUGCCACGGUGAAUUUGGAUAUUCAAGCAGCAGCAGCGGCGGCGGCGGCGGCAGCAUCAGCACCAUCCUCCUCCAUCCUCCGAAGAAGAAUCCUCAGCUACGGCGGCGCCCACACCGACUCCUCGUCCUCUUCCCGCGGGCUCCAUGUCGAGUGAUGGUCGGCUUGCCUUGCUGGAUGCUCCCCGCUCUCUCCGGAUCGUCGACGACCGAACCUCCUCUGACCGCAGACCCCCAUUUUCGGCGGAAACCUUCCCAGAGCUAUAGGGCUACAUAUGGAAACUGGGGAUCAAAAUUUUAGGAAAAAGCAAAAUCUAAGCGGUUAAUUUAAUUUUUUAUUUAGGGUUUUAUCGUUUUCCGUCUGAUUUCGUGUCUUUUUAAGCCUGCUAAUGAAUUGAUUUAGUCGUUGAGCCUUGAUUUCCUCAGUCCACCGGCUUGAUUUGUGAGUUUUUUUUUUUCUUUGAACCUCACCAUAGGCUGUUAUAAAACACCCAGGGAAUUGCUUUUAUUUCCUCUCGACAGGACUUGAAUCGGUCCAUUUGUUUACAGAUUUUUCCUUCCCUAGUUCAUUAUGUCCUUUCUCCUGUCCCUCUAGAAUCAAACCCUCUAGAAUAAUAACAUUAAUAACAGUCGUCUUUAGAAUUCUUACUAGUAGACGCAACGUUAGCCUUUGACUAACUCACUGUAACAGACGUAUUGAACUGUUGUACUGUAAGCCUACCAUUACUCUAACACCCCCUCCACCUUACAGACCAUCUCUUUGCUCUGUCUGAGCUCAUGUAAAUUCUGUGCUCAGCUCAAACCUUUAACAAACAGGUUGUUUUUUCUUUCUUUUUUGGUCAGCCCUGUAGAGAACAAACCUGGUUUACGUCACGUCCAUUUUGGGCUCAGCUCAGCCUCUACAUGCUUUAGGACAUCAUUAAGCCUCAGUGUUAUUCUUCACAUUUGUAGCUUUUCUUGCUGCAAGUGGCUUUAGAGUGGGCUACAUCUGCAGCUGCAGGCCUGGUGAAGAAGGUGCUGUCACCCUCUGCUGAUUUUUUUGUCUGAAUCAUUUCUUUGGGUGUGAAAGUAAGAGCAGACAGAGAGGAGAGACACCACUAUCUCUCCCUCUUCCCACAUCCAAAGCAACCCAUCAGUAAUUUUUUCUCUUGUUUUGGUCCUCACCCAAACGCAACCAUAAGGUUCCUACCGCAUCCUCCUCCUCCUUCUUCCCUCUCCUUCCGCUCGAGUAUAUCCCGUUUUUUCGGUUUGGUUUGGUCUCGCAAAUUUUCAAAUAUUUACUUCCUGUACAUCAAGAGGAAAGGGGGUCCCCCUUUCAUGGAAUGCGGAAACAUGGGUCUGUUCGACCGCGGAGUCCAGAUGCUGCUGACCACGGUGGGAGCCUUCGCGGCCUUCAGCCUCAUGACCAUCGCGGUCGGCACGGACUACUGGCUGUACUCCCGCGGCGUCUGCAAGACCAAGUCCAUGAGCGAGAACGAGACCAGCAAGAAGAACGAGGAGGUGAUGACCCACUCGGGCCUGUGGAGGACGUGCUGCUUGGAAGGAAACUUCAAAGGCAUGUGUAAACAGAUAGACCACUUUCCUGAGGAGACAGAUUACGAAGCGGACCCAUCUGAGUACUUCUUACGUGCGGUGCGAGCCUCUAGCAUCUUCCCCAUCCUCAGCGUCAUCUUGCUCUUCAUGGGAGGCCUGUGUAUAGCUGCCAGUGAGUUCUACAAGUCACGCCACAACAUUAUCCUCAGCGCAGGGAUCUUCUUUGUGUCUGCAGGCCUGAGUAACAUCAUCGGGAUCAUCGUGUACAUAUCAGCCAACGCGGGGGACCCUUCAAAAAGCGACUCAAAGAAGAACAGCUACUCUUAUGGCUGGUCCUUCUACUUCGGUGCCCUCUCCUUCAUCAUGGCUGAGAUGGUGGGCGUCUUGGCCGUGCACAUGUUCAUCGACCGCCAUCGACAGCUGCGAAUAGGGGCUCGAGCAGCCGACUACCUCCAAGGCUCGGCCAUAACGCGUAUCCCCAGCUACCGCUACCGCUACAGGCGCCGCUCGCGCUCUUCCUCCCGCUCCACAGACCCGUCACAUUCCCGCGACGCCUCGCCGGUGGGCCUCAAGGGCUUCAGUGCGCUGCCAUCCACCGAGAUCUCCAUGUACACACUCCCACGGGACACCCUCAAGUCCUCCGGCACGCCCACCGCCACCUACAACUCUGAGAGGGACCACAACUUCCUGCAAGUCCACAACUGCAUCCAGAAGGACCUGAAAGACUCGAGCCACACCAACACAGCGAACCGCCGCACCACACCCGUAUGAGGGAGCCCACACAGGCCAGGCCAGCCCAGCAGAAACCAGGAGACACGGGAACCCCUGUGGGUCACAUACGCCCCAGGAGAAGAUGGAUUUCCAUGUUUAUAGACAUUUGUUCUUUUUGUUCAGCUGCAUGACUUUUCCAUUACCAUUGUUGAGAGAGUUUCAACAAGCCAUGCCAUGUCCCUGGAUUGAAUGGCAGAAGAUUGAGAAUGGGUCAGGUUAUCCCGAGAGAGUGAGAUCUGUCAUUUUUUGACGUAGGGCUUGUUUCUGAGGUUCGGGGCACUGAAAGGGGGAGGGUGGGCAUUUAAGAGAUAAAGAAUUGAUUUCAUGAUUUCUUUGCCCUUUGGUUUGACAGUUUUGCCCCACAAGUUUUGUUGGAGCAACAGGUCAAGCUCCCCCCCAGCCAUCCCACUGCUCAGAUAUACACCUCUUUUAUUUAUUGACUCAUUUGUUCAUCUUUUGCAUUAAAACUGUGAAUUGUUACAGCUUGGGAUUCAGUAAGAAUUACCCCAAUCUGUAAUCUCUAACAAAGGUACUAUAUAUAUAUAUAUAUAUGUAUUACUUUUAUAAAUAAAUUAUUAUGUUAAUAAUCAAGAGAUACAGACUUUACUAAAGCAAAAAAGAAAAAAAAAAACAAGUCAACUAAACCAAGUGCUGCUGGUAACAUGAGAAAAGACUCUUUUAGUAUCUGUUCAUUCGAAGGUUGAGAACAAGAGAAGGUCCUUUAAGUAGCAGCAGUACAGCGACUGAUGUCACCAGAGGCAGACACAGACAGUCAACAGUAGAAUAAUAUCUAUUCUUUUAAUAGAACCUUCUCGCCUUUUUCUCAGUCCCUGUUCGCUUUCUUUUUUGGGGGGGGGUCGUAACGGGAGAGUUGAACCCCUUCGCAGAAAGAGCCAACCAAAGGGGUCAAAGUUCACAAAGACUCCAAACACGACUUCCGCAAAAAAAAAAAAAAGGAAGGAGCAGAGGGGAAGGAAAAGAAGAGGACGCCAGACACAAAUAUAAAAACAAGUUAAAUAUGAAAUAGUACAAGAGAAGCUAAGUGACUCACAAUUUCAGAAAUUAAAUGCAUGCUAUAAAAUUACAGCAAAUCUGCUCUUGAGAAACUUAAGUUUUAAAGGUUAAUAAUUAUUAAGGGGGAAAAAAGCAAAGGCGCUAAAGUAUUAAUGUUUUCAUGUGUAUUUUUCUUAUUUUUACUUUUGAUUUUUAUUUAUUAAGUUCAUUUGAUCUUCUUGCUUUUGUGAGACAAACCAAACAAUCUACAUUGAACAAAACUGCUUUUUUAAAUGGUUUGGUUGAUUUCUUUAUAAAUAUAUAAAUAUAUGUAUGUAUGUAUUUUAUUUUUAAAACUCACACAGCCUUAGUCAUUUUAUUUGUUUCUUUUUGAUUUUUAACGUGUUGUUCAAAUUGAAAAUGAAAUCUUUAAAGGUGCCAAAACCGAAUGAUCCUAUACUUGGAUGCAUCAAGUCCUGAUGAAUAAAAUAACGAACCCUAGGGGGAACAAAUCA